GGCCCUUUAACAACAAUCUCUCUAGCUUUCUCCCUCUGGAAUAUUACUCCGAUGAAGGCAAAAGUGAAGGGGAGGUACGAAGCACACGAGAGCAACGCAUCCGUCACCCUCUCCGUCAACCUCGGCCGAGACCUCGUCGUCAGAACCACCAUGGCCAACGCCACCCUCACCCGUGGCCCCUCCCUCACCGGCCUCGAGCUCUCUCUCCACAACCCCAACUCCUUCAACCUCCGUUACGACGUACCAAAAAAAGACAUAAGACUUCAAUUCACGAACAAGAUCACGUUAAUGGACAAGACGGUACGUUUCGCUUACAACCAUGCUCACAGAGAGAACCAAACAUCGAUUGAAGGAUCAACGGCGUUUGAUCAAUCUAAUCGGGUUCGGGUUUACUACGAUUUUGGGUCGGGUAAUUUGAAGGUGAAGUAUGUUUAUGCUUACGGGUUUAUGGGGAGGACCACAGUGGAGCCUUGCUAUGAUGUUUGUAAGAAUGCUUGGGGUUUUGCUUUGUUGAAAAAACUUGAUGGAGGUGAUUUUGUUAAGGCAACUUAUAAUGCUUCGGAUAAAGAUUUAGGAUUGGAGUGGAAGAGGAAAUCUAAAGGCAAUGGAUCUUUCAAGAUCUCUGCGUCUCUCAAUUUAACGGAGCAAUGUAGAGUACCGAAGCUAAAAGCUGAGAGCACGUGGAACUACGAAAUAUGAUUUGUGAUGAAAAUUAAUCAUGUCUUAUAUAUUCGUCUACCAAGUUCUGUGUAGCCAAAUUCUA